ACACAGCUCAGAGGCCACAACCACACCUCAUCCUGGAAAGGCUCUCCUAGACAAAGUUCCCAUUCCCAUUUUUACCUAGAUCUGUGACCUAGCAGUAUGUAAUGAAUGAUCAAGCUGCCAAUUGCCACCUGCUCCUGUAUCCUGAACAAGUUUAGAAGGAUUCAUUAUAGCCACACUGCCCUAUGAGGGUUCCAGUUUUCAUUGGUUAAAAUCACUCCCUGAGCAUUCUGAAUGCAAGACAAUUUUAGUUUUGGAAGCAAAAGUGAAAGCAACAUUGCUCUAAAGCACAGCAGACAACGCAGUUUCUGCCUCUCCGGGAGAAGAUGGCUGCUACAUUGAGUCAACCUUCCACCUCAUUGCCUGAUGAGGGUGUGGAUGUUGAUCAGGCCAGUGCCCUCAGGAUUGUACUUGUUGGGAAAACUGGAAAUGGGAAAAGUGCAACAGGGAACACCAUCCUUGGGAAGACAGUUUUUGAAUCUAAAGUUUCAGCACAUGCUGUGACCAAGGGCUGUCAAAAAGGAUCUGGAACCUGGGAAGGGAAAGACCUUAUAGUUGUUGAUACUCCUGGUCUGUUUGACACAAAGAACAGCCUAGAAACCACUUGCAAUGAGAUCAGUCGCUGUGUCAUCUAUUCCUGCCCAGGGCCACAUGCCAUUAUUCUGGUUCAACAACUGGAUCGAUACACUACUGAGGCAAAACACACUGUCUCUUUGAUUAAAGCACUCUUUGGGAACUUAGCCAUGAAGUACAUGAUCAUCUUGUUCACUCGGAAAGAGGAGCUGGAAGGUAGGCCAGUAGAAGACUUUGUGAAAGAGUCUGAUGAAAACCUCCGAAGUCUUAUCCAAGAGUGCAGUGGAAGAUGUUGUGCCUUCAAUAACAAAGCCCAGGGUAAUGAAAGAGAAGCCCAGGUAAAGAAGCUGCUGAGUAUGAUUGAGAAAAUGGUGCAGGAUAAUGAGGGGAAAUAUUUUUCAGAUAAGAUAUACCAGGAAGUCAAUGAGUCACUGGAAAGAAGAAGAAACACCCUGAAGGAAAUCUAUACUGAACAAAGAGACAAAGAACUGCAAAUUAUAGAAGUACAAUAUGCUAACCUAGGUCUUCUGACAGAAAAAGAAAUAAAGGAAAAGCAAGAAAAAAAAAGAAAGGUAGAGAUGGAGUAUGAAGAAAAAAUGAAAAAUAUAAAUCCAGAGGCUGAGAGGUCUAUACUUAAAUCGAUCGUUGAGUUCGUUAGGAGUGUGGUUUCUAAAAUUUGGGGUUGGUUCAGGAAAUGAUAGUCUGCCUGGUUGGUUGGUUGGUUGGUUGGUUUUAUUUUCCAUUAAUUUCUUUAUAAAUGUCGAUAUCCCAGAUAUACAGAAUUGCAAACUUAUGAAAUGGGUAGAAUUGGGUUCUAAUUACCUUCAUGUCACUCAAAGAUAAGGGAGUAUUCUACAUUGGAGGGUAGAACCACCAUCAAGGAUUUCAUCCAUUGUAGCUCCUACAAUUAAAUUACUCUCUUGUUUUGUCUGAGCCUUUACUUACCAUGUACCUAGAGAGCUGGGCCCUCAGUGUAGAGUCUCCAGCUUUGCCACUUCAAAUCCUACAUGAGAAUUGGGACUCUUUAAGCAUUGGAGAAAUGUCUAUGGAGUGAGGAGCACAGGAAUUGGUGAUGGGUUUUUUCAUUUGCUUCUUACGUCCUACCAUCAUAGAAGUCAAAAUUGCUCACUGGACAGUUCCUUGAUUCCUUACUGUCCUGAGUCUGAUUCUCCUGGAUUCUCAGUUAAUGUUGGUCUUCCAUGUUUAUUAAUUCUUUCCAUGGCACCACCUCCCUACUUAGCAAAUAAGCAAAAAACUAUUUUCUCUCCUCCUAAACACAGAGCUGGAACAUUUAAUUUCAUUUCUGCUCCUGUUCAUCUACUAUAGCCAGAGGUUUCCUGACUAUUGUUUUGGCCUGUGCAGAAUCUAAGCUCCUCAUUAGUAGUGAUUGUUUCAUUCAUUAUACAUGUAUCCCCAGUUCCAGCAGUGUCGCCCCACAGCAGAUGUGUCAUAAAUGCUUGUUGAUUAUUGAACUCAGUCAAGUUGUAUCAUUGACAUGGGAUAUUCCAAUGGCAUCCCAUUUGAUUUGGAUAUUCAAGGACCUGAUAUCCAUGAGGGGUUUUUUGGUUUGUUUUGGAGGGGGUUUUUGCUCCCGAUUCACUGAGUAGGAGAGGAUACUUCUAAUAGUGGACUGGGGGACAAAGGAGGUAGGAUUAUCUCAGAUUUAAAUUCCUCUGAGUGAGUUUUCUCCUUCUAUAAGUAGAGAUAGUUGACAGCACCUUGUGAAGAUGCAGGGAGAAUCAUCAAGGAAAUAAGCUUUAUAUAAUCUACUAUGUGACAGGCACUAUGCUAAGUAUUUUUACAAAUAUUACUGAUUUGGUCCUAAAGACAGCCAUGUAAGAUAAGUGCUAUUAUUAUCCCCAUUUUAUAGUUGAAGAAACUGAGGUAAAUAGAAGUUAAUAGGUGGUUUCAGAAAAAAAAAUAUGGUACGCCUAUAUGAACUGAUGCAAGUGGAGUGAGAAGAACUGGGACAUCAUUGUGCACAGUAACAAUGCUGUAAUGAUUAUCAACAGUGAAGGACUUGGCUUCUCUGAGAAAUACAAGCAGAUAAUUUCAAAGGACUUGUGAUGAAAAAAUGCUACCAAUCUCCAGAGAGAGAACUAUUGAUACUCUGAGUGCAAAGUGAGGAAUAGUUUUCUCAAUUUCUUUAUUUUUCUUGCUUUUUCAAAAUGUGAAUAAUAUGAAAAAUAUGUUUUGCAUUAUUUCACCUGUAUACUUGAUAUCAUCUUGCUUAUCUUUCGGGGGUAGGAAGGGAAUGGAAGGGAAAGAGAAAUUUAGAACUCAAAAUUUCAAAAGAAAUAAAUAAAUUUAAAUAAAUAAUUUUUUUAAAAAAAGAAA